AUGUUUGCAAAUCGCGACGAAGCACUCAAGUGCAUACGCUUGGCUGAAAAGCACAUACGGGAAGGUAACGCGGAGGCGGCCAAAAAGUUUCUCCGCAAAGCUGUUAGACUUGACCCAUCCGUCACACUUCCAUCGUUUACAAGCCGUCAGUCUGGCGAUAGCACACCUCCACGUCAGCGGUCUCCAAGCAGAUCUAGAGAGUCCCCAUCAUCAAGCGCCCGUGAAAACUCACAGGAGCGAAAUUUCAGCAAAGCAAAUGUCGAAGCCGUUAGAUCGGUUCUUUCAUGCAAAGAUUUAUAUAAGGUGCUUGGUGUAUCAAAAGACGCAAGUGAAGAUGAAAUUAAGCGGGCAUAUAAAGGUUUGGCAAGGAAAUUUCAUCCGGACAAAAACCGCGCACCUGGGGCCACGGAGGCUUUCAAGAAGAUAGGAUCUGCGUUUUCAACGCUCACAAACGCCGAGAAACGUCGUAGAUACGACUUGUAUGGCAGCGUAGAUGAGCCAGCACCUUCUGUCACUCGGCAGCGUCAUGGUGACGUGUUCUACCAAUUUGAUGGCCAUCCAGGUUUUGAUGCUGAUGUCUUCAAUAUCUUCUUCAACGGUGGCUUUCCCUUCGUUUACCGCAAUCAUCGUGCUCAGACUCAGCAUCAACCCAGAGAAUCCGAACGCGAGGUGCGCUCCUCCACUUGUGCUACUUGUAUUAUCUUUAUGCCCAGUGGUAAUUAUUUUGCUGUUGCUAUAAGUAGUCGCUGUUGUUGCACUACGAGCUUAGUGGCAAUUUCGUUCUCAUCUUCAAUAUGCAGUGACCAGACUGUUUUUUUAAGCGCGCAUAAUCCACUUUUUAUUGCUAAGUGUCAUCUAGCUCGAAGUCUUAGGGUGGAGUAUACAGCGUAUGUUUCUGGUCUGCGUCUUUAUACCACCGGUAAACUUAGACGGAUGUUAUGCCCACCCUGA